AAUGGAGCAGGAUUACAAGCCGGGUACGUUGCCAUAUCCAGAGCAGGAUGAUCGCAAAAUGUUUUGUACAUUUCACUACAAAGGCGUUUUGGUUAUUCUCAUUCCACUUAUAUUUGCUCCGAUUUUCUUUUCUCCUCCGACUCCGGCUUAUCGCUUCAUAUAUCUUGCAAUGGUAUUUUAUUCGUAUUAUUUAUUCAAUGUCAUACCAGUUGGCGCAUUGGCAUUUCUAUUUAUUGCCUUUAUGCCCCCCCUAGGAAUUAUGGACUCGAAGGUUAUAUCUAGGAGCUACUAUGCAGAUAUAAUAUUUACCACAUACGGCAGCAUAUUUAUGGGUCUGAUGAUGGAUGCUUCAAAGCUGAGCGAUCGAUUGGCAAUGAUGGUAAUCAGUGGCUGUGGCACAAACAUAAGAAUGCUUCAAUUUUGUUUCAUGAUCAUGACCGCCUCGUCGAGUAUAUUUUUCUGCAGCACAUUUAUGUGUGCAUUUUGGAUGAAGAUCGCCCAGGCUAUGUUGAAGGAAUUUGCGGACGCCGGCAUAUUGAAGAUAGUUACAGAUGAGGAGCCAUAUGAGCGGCAGUCACCGCCAUAUCCCACAAAACCAGUAAUUGGUAUAUAUCUUACAAUAGCCUAUUCCGCCACGUUGGGCGCCAUGGCAUCGCCUUUUCAAGAUCCCAAUAGCUCGAUCGUUUACAGUUUGAGGUCUACCAUGGCUGUGAAAAAUGCCGGAAUUUUGGCACUCUUUCUGGCUCCAAUGAUUGGAGGACUAAUUGUAACUGCAAUUUGGAUAAACAUAAUAUUUCUUGGCUUGUUCCCCGGCACGCUGAGGGAUGAGCUGGGUGAAACAGCCGCUGCUAAAAACACCAUGAUAGAGGCCAUAACAGACAAGAGGAAGCAAAUGGGCAAAUGGCCCAUUCAUUGUAUACUGGCUCUAUUCUUCAUUCUCCUGACGAUGGUUCUGCUGGUAUUGCGAGAUCCGCAGAUCUGGGAUAGUUGGCACGGCUGGAACAGCAAUAUACAUGGAGCCGAAAACUACUCCUCGGUGCCCAUCAUCUUGAUGUGCAUCCUGUACAUUGCCAUACCGGCCAAUUAUAUAUUUUGUCGCUACUACUGCUGCCAGCGACCCGAAAAGGAGGGGAUAGCGCCCUCCAUGGUCGGCUGGAAGCUUUUGAACCACAGUACGCCAUGGGCACAAAUGCUAAUGCUGGCCGCUGGCAAUUGUGCGAUGGCAGCCUACGAAGAUACGAAGCUAAUCAAUGUGAUAAACAAUGCGAUUGUCAGAAAGGGAUAUUCAAAAACGUCAUGCCUCUAUAUCGGAUCAAUGAUCGCCACCUAUUUGACUAACCUGAGCCCAGCGACAUCUGUGAUACGCCAUACCCUAGAGUCCGUGUCGAAUGCGGAUGAAUUAAUGAAGAUUGGCAAGGGUGGCCUGCUGGUUCCGUAUGCCACUGCCAUUCACAAUCAGUUCCUGCUGCCCGUCAGCACUUCGUCCAACACAAUUAUCUCUGGAUGGGGCAACAUUCGUCCGUUUGAGUUUAUGCUGGGAGGCGUUGUGCCCACCGUUUUUAUGACGAUUUUCAUUGCAGCCAGUACUCAUCUGAUAGGCGGCACAGCCUUUAUCGGUUAUUAGGACAAGUGAUCGUUCGACAUGUUGUUUGUGUUUAU